AUGGCGAGUCCUGAAGAUUUCGGUCCUCUUCGUCGGACCAGCAGCUCUGGGCAUGGUAGCCAACACUCUGAAAGUCAAGGUUCGGAACAAAGUGCCCAAGGCCGCACUGAAGGACUUUCUGGCCGCGCAAUGGCCAAAGGUGUAAGCAACGUGAUAAAAGCCCGAUGCAGCUGGUGCAUUUCAAAGAGGAAGAGCUGUGAUAGUGCCAAACCAGUCUGCGGCAAUUGUCAGAGAACUCCAGGUCGUUGUGAGUGGCCUGUGGGAAAUCCUUCAAGGAGAGGCUUGCACGAGUCGAUUGCCUCGCGGAGACUUGAUCGAGGGGACCCGCAGGACGGCGGUCAUGUCACGCCCAAAAAAGAUUCAACAACCAGCGAUACAGCCGGAGCACUGUUGGGCCCGGACGAUGGACUUUUUCACGCAUGCUUCGCCUCACCAGACAGACUUUUUACUCAAGUCGGACGCCCUGCAGCAGGGGCGUCCCCAACGCAGCAAUUGCCAGUCCAGAACCAGGCUCCAGAUAAUAACUCGAACGAGAGACUGCGUCUCGACCAAGUUCGAACGAAAGUCCUCGAGAGUACUAGAUCGUACCUAGGCUGCAACACUCAACCUCUAGUUUUAGAGAAGAACGUGGAUUGA